UCACAACUUAUGGCAUUAAUUCUACUAUAUUCCUCUUUUGUUGAUUUAAUUUAAUCCUUUCACCUAGGUUCUAGAGAGUACUCACUCUUCCACCACACAACUCUUAGCCCCAAACCCUCUCAAAAAAAAAAAACUCCUAACCCCAAACAAAGUUUUAUUAUAUUGGACUGAUUAAUUCUACUAUGUAGCUUGUUCGAAGUUUUAUUGUGAUGCAAUUUUGGGGAAGAUGAGGAUACUCUUCAAAAGCUCUACACGAAUGGUAUGUUUUGGUCUUCCUUGUUUUGCAUAUUAUUCAUUUUUCUAUAAAAAUACGUAAUAUUUGAUAUAAAGUAAAAAAACUGCAUUGAAAUGAAGUUAAUUAUUUGUAAUUGUCUCUAUUUUUUUUCAUUUGGAUGAUGAGGAGCUGGAGUAGUGUUUUGAAGUAGGAGGGAAUAAUUUUGUUAAUAAAUAUAAUAAAUUAUGUAUACUGAAAAUUUGUUAAUUACCCCUGAUAGUAAAUUACUAAAUAUGUAAAUACAUAUUCAUACGAUUCGUAUCUGAGUUAUCUCAACUCUUAUUUUGGUUAAUAAUCUUCAGUUUUUUAUUAGUAAUAUUAAUUAAUAAAAUAAUAAUUUACAGUUACCAACAAAAUCUUAAAUUAGUUUGGGCGCAAUUUUUUUGGGUUUUGGCGGUCUUUUAAAAAUUUACUCUAUUAUAAUUGAAUUCUCGACACCUUCACACAAUAUCUCAACCCUAGUUUUUACUCUUUCCUAGAGUUUUCUCUUUCGUGGGGUGCUCUUCAAGUUACUUUUCAACGCAGGUUUAUAAUUUUUAUCUUUACCCUUCAUAUGUGUAGUUCAUUGUGGACGGGAAGUGUAAACUCAUCUAUCGUUUUUGCCAUUGUAUUGUAUUAUAAGAAUUCAGAUUGGUACUCUCUUUUUAACUGAUUUAUAUCAUUCUCGAUAAUAUACUUUGAGUUACAAUAUAAUACAUGAAGCACAUACAAUGGCUUUAGUUAGGCAGUUUUAAUCAUUAAAUUUAUCAAAUGGUUUGUUUAUAAAUUCAGGGGUUUGAGUUUUUAUUCAAUUAAUCUUUUAUCAAACAUGUUUGUUUGUUUUUAGUACAAAUCAAUUCAUUCUCUCCAGUAUGAGAGGGUAUUGAAUUGAAAAUUUGCUUAUUCUUUUAGCGUGUUCUGUAUGAUGUAUGAGUGUCUGUGUUGAUGUAUGAGCCUAGUUUGUGCAGUGCAUAUGUAAUUGACUAUACGCAUAUUAGUAUAUAACUUUAGUGCAGUGUGUGGCUAACUAUUUUGUACAGUGUGUGUAGAUAUAGUUUUAGUUGGUAUUUAUUUCAGUCUUGUUCUUUUAUAUAUGUGUGUCUUAGGAAUGGCUCCUGAAUUUAAGGGUAUAACUCAAAACGGAAAAUAAACUUGGGAAAACAAGAUGUUGUACAUCAUGGUUCUAAGAGUGGUCAAGGUAAUUUGUUGAUUACAAGAGCAACGACCAAAAGACCUUUUGACAAAUCGCAUGUGGCAUCUGAUGACACAACAUCUCACACUCGACAUCCUCAAAGUCCAAGGCAUGACAUUGUGUCAAAUCAAAAUUCUGAAUCUGUAUCAAUGGAGAGCCUGCAUGGUCAAACACCACAAUCAAAUGGGGUUGGAGGUAUAACACAUUUUUGUGUAUUGAGUAUUUUAUUGAGUAGAAUUCACUCACCCCAGCAAUCUUUUGCACUCAUGCAAUCUAUAAUGGAAUACUACGUAUAAGAUGGAAGUUAAAUGCUGAUAUAUAGAUACAUGUUUGCAUUUUAGUAUAACGAACUGGUUAUGGAAAGAACCAAAAGAACCAGUACAUAUAUAUCAUUUAGUUGUCUGCAUGGAUGGAAGUUUAAUAAAACUGUUUAGGUAUAUUAGGAAAUAUAUGGAACUCUAUUAAUAUAUACUAAAAGUACUAACUACACUAAUCAAUUUAAUAUAUUAUACUCCCACCUUAAUUACAAGAGUAAUGUAUAAAAGCACCACAUAGACAAAACAUAGUAGAUAAGGACUGAAAUAAGUGUUAUGUCUAUUAAUACUUGAAUAGUAGCUAUCAAAUAUGUUCUGUCUCUUAGCUUCUUGAACUCAUGCAAUAGUUUGUUUGUUUCUUCUUCCAGGGCUAAAACAAAAGUAGGAGUGGUAAACAGAAAACACAAAAAAAAAAAGAGAGAGAAAAACAGAGUAUGGAAAAGAGAAAAAUGAUAAGAGAUGAGAGAUUAAGCUAAACAAUAGUUUGUCUCAUUUGGCUGCUGGGAAAUAUUCCCUUUCUUAAACAACCAUGUUACAGAUUCAUCUUCACGCCUUAUUAAAAGAGUACGUGGUCAAACAAUGGGAAAGAGAAUCAUGAAGGCAUGUGAUGCUUCUAAGACUAAAGUGAAGAUAAACGUUGAUCUGUCAAUUGGAAGACCUUAGAACGCAGAAGAGUCAGCCAAGCUUUCAAGUCAAAUCGGUAUAAUUACUCGCGAUGUGCUUCUUGUUCCUAGAAGGUGGAAAGAAGUAGAUGAAGAAAAUGGAUUGGCUCCUGGAUUUGAUCACAUGCAGUUGCAUAUGGAUGUCAAUAUUGAUGACGCGGGUGUCAAAGAAAGCUUGGUUGAAAGACUGAAAUGUAGUACGCGACAAAAGCGUUACAAGCUACAUCUUCAUUACAAGAAAUUUCAAACUCUGGAAUUGGCUAAAAGUAAUAAGCCAUCUUCUUAUCCAGACCAAAACAAUUGGGAGUUGUUGUGUGAUUACUUUGCAACAGAUAAAUUCAAGAAAUCAAGUAUUGCGAACACGGAAAAUAGGAAACUGGUGCGAGCGCCACAUAUUUCAAGCAGAAAAUCCUUCACUGUACGACGACUUGAAAUUGUGAGUUAAAUUUAUUAUCUUUACCCCGUUUGACUAUAUACGUUCACAAUUUGCUACUAGUGUUUUCCGGAUCAAUGUAUUCUCUUAUAUAAUUUAACAUACUCUUCUUUAAUUAAAUUUUUUAUCUAUGAUAAUCUAAAUGUUUUUAUCUAGUCUCAGAAGCAGCUAAAUGGUGAUUCUUGUGAUCGAAUUGAGUUGUAUAAACAAACUCAUUUUACUGAGAAAAAGGGUUGGUCAUCUAAGGUGGCAGAAGAAAAUUGGGUAAGUUAUGUGUCUGUUUUUCUUAUUUUAUUCACAACUAAUAUUUUAUAUGACAAGAAGUAAUGUUAUUUUAUGCCAUUAAUUUAUCCAAUUAAGAGUUGAUGAAAAAGAAACAAGAACAAUAUAAAGAGGAAGGUUGUGAUAAGAGCACUGAUGAUAUAGUUCUUGAGGUACUUGGUCAUGGAUCUGGAUACAUUAAAGGCCUUGGGUAUGGUCCUAAACCUCGAAGCAGACGCAACGGUGCAAAUCACUUCCAAACUCAGCACCUUCCAAAAUGAGUUUCAACAAACAACAAAAAUUACAAGUUUCUGAAACACAAUUUGAUGGCCUCAAAAGUCAAAAUUCAAGUGGAAGAUACUGAAAAAGAGGUGUUUGACUUGAGAAACCAGUUGGCUCAACAAGCUUCCAAAAUGAAGCAACAAGAUUCAAAAAUGGAGAAGAUCAUGGCAUUUAUGGCUACCCAAGGAAUGAAUUUAUAAAUUUUGCUUUUAAUUUAUUGUUCCUAUAUAGUUGGAAGUAUGUUACGGUUUCCGCAUAGGAUUAGAAUGCUCUAAAACUAUUUAGCUAGUCAGUUUUUUUAUUGGUCCCAUCCCCCAGAAUUUACACUACAGAAUCUUGUAAUGUUUUUGUUGUUUUAGCAUUAAGUAGCGGUUAUUAUUUACUAUUUAAUUAACAUUUAUUAAUUCAAACGGUUUAGGGUUUUGGGACAAAUGAUUCGUUACCCUGCCACAAUUACGAAUUGCUU